AUGUGUGACAGGAGGAUGUCGUCACAGGCUCUGCUAGGGAAAGAACACGGCGUGGUGGACUAUGUCAGUCAAAAAAGAACAAUACUAUGGUCCGAAAGCGAUAUGGAAAAAGCUGCCGUAGCUGUAAAAAGUAAAAAAAUUGGCUAUUUGCGGGCAGCCAAACAUUUCAAUGUGCCUAGAACGACUUUAUAUAGAUAUGUUAAAAAAAACAAGGAAAUUAAGAAAGAAAAAUUAGAACUAGAAGAAGAACUUGUUCAAUAUCUGUUGACUAUGGAGUCGAAAUUUUUUGGCCUAACGAGGAAAGAUGUGCGUUCAAUUGCUCACCAGUUGGCCAAAGUAAAUAAAAUUGAGAAUCCAUUUAACGCAUUUUCAGCAACCGCCGGGAAAGAUGGGUUACGACGAUUCUUAAAAAGACAUCAAAAUUUAAGUAUAAGAAAACCUACGGGUACUUCUAUCUCCAGGUCACUUGGAUUUAAUAGAGAACAAGUGGAUAUAUUUUUUAACGAAUUAGAAAAGUUAAUGGCACACUUUAAUUUUUCAGCAAAUAGAGUGUUUAAUGUGGAUGAGACUGGCCUUUGCAUAGUGCAGUCUAAAACUGCUGAGAUUAUUGCAUUGAAAGGAAAACGUCAGAUAGGAGCAAUAACAUCUGCGGAAAGAGGCUCUUUGGUAACCGCAGUUUUAUGCAUGAGUGCAGGUGGCGUGUUUAUCCCACCCAUGUUAAUAUUUCCGAGGAAAAAUUCAAGUGAAAUUCUCAAAAAAGGUGCUCCACCAGAAACGCUCUUUGCUUUUCACCCAUCAGGAUGGAUCCAAACCCAUCUUUUCACGGAAUGGUUCCGUCAUUUUGUCAAAAAAGUCCAACCCACUAAAGAAAAUCCUGUGCUUCUAAUACUGCAUGGACAUAACACACACACAAGAAACCUUGACGUGAUUGUAGAAGCAAGAAACAACUUUGUCUCGAUUUUAUGUCUACCACCUCACACAUCCCACAAAAUGCAACCCUUGGACAAAACGGUCAUGGGAGCUUUAAAAACCUACUAUUCUGAAGAAAUAAGAUGUUUUAUGCGUUUACAUCAACGCGCAGUCACACAUUUCGAUAUAUCUGAGCUUUUUGGAAAAGCUUACCUAAAAGUUCAAUCAGGCGAAAGGGCUGUGAAGGGGUUUAGAAUGACUGGGAUUUAUCCCUGUCGUAGAGAUGUGUUCACAGAAGAAGAUUUUAUUGCAGCUUCUCAGGUUUUAAACACUGUGGAACACCAAGCUAAGAAAAACGCUGUAAAUGAAGAAAUUUCCGCUCAAAAUCAGGUAAAAAUGGUAGUUUUACCUGAGGACAUCGUACCCAUUCCUCUGUUAAAGAAAACACAAGGUACUCGUGGGCGAAAGAGUGGAAAAGCAAAAUUAAUUACUUCAACACCGAACAAGGACGAGCUCGAAGAAUCGAUGAACCAAAAGGAAAAAAGGGAUAGCGUUAAAAAGAGAAUUUUUACAGAACCUGGACCAAGCAAAAUUUCUUUAAAAACAUCAACGAAGAAUAAAAGAAAAAGUAAACCACGAGGAGCUCCACCUAGCAGAAGUGCUAACAGCAGCAGCAGCAGCAACGUUUCGUUCCACGAUUCUUCAGAUGAAGAAAUGUCUAUCCGUGAAGAUCCAGACGAAAAUGUAGAAUGCAUUUUUUGUAGGCAAAAGUUUUUGGAUAGCCAGAAAGGUGAAAUGUGGGUCCAGUGCGUCGUGUGUGGCAUGUGGGCGCACGAAGAGUGUGGUGGCGCAGAAAAAGACGUUUAUAUUUGUGACUUUUGUCAGUAA